CAGGACAUCUCACCUGAAACUUCAGUCAACCUGUUCUACUGCUUACUGGAGCUCAAUGACAAUUCACUAUAUACAGAAAUCCAAAGAUACUUCAGAUCAUCUCCAGAAAGACCCCUCUCUUCUUCCAUGUGCUCACUGAUUGCUUACGUACUGCUGAUGUCAGAGGAGGUGCUGGAUGAGCUCGACCUGAAGAGGUACAAUACUGAACUGGGAGGAAAAAGGAGACUCCUGCCAGCUGUGAGAUGCUACAGAAAAGCAGAAUACCAAACUCACCCCUGAUAGAGCUGGACAUAAGUCGCAAUUACCUGCAUGACUCAGGAAUGAAGCUGCUCUCUGAUGGACUGAAGAGCCCAAACUGUCAGCUGAAGAUACUGAGAUUGGAAGGCUGUUCUCUCACAGGUCAGUGCUGUGAAAUCGUGGCAUCAGUUCUACAAUCAUCAAACUCCCGUCUAAUAGAGCUGGACAUGAGUGGCAAUGACCUGCAGGACUCAGGAGUAAAGCUGCUCUCUGAUGGACUGAAGAGCCCAAACUGUCAGCUGGAGAUACUGAGAUUAUGGGGCUGUGAGGUGACAGAUGAAGGCUGUGGUUAUCUGGCUUCAGCUCUGCGUUCAAAUCCCUCACACCUGAGAGAGCUGGAACUGAGCUUGAAUCACCCUGGAGAAUCAGGAGUCAAGAUGCUUUCUGAUCUACUUAACGAUCCAAACUGCACACUGAACAAACUCGAAAGCUGGUAAUCUCAAACUGGAUCCAAACACAGCAAGACACUUGUCUUAUUCUGUCUGAGGAGAACACAAAUAUGACAUGUGUUUAAGGAUCAGCCAUAUCCUGAUCAUCCAGAGAGAUUUGAUGAGUGUCUUGAGGUUCUGUGUAGAGAGAGUCUGAAUGGACGCUGUUACUGGGAGGCUGAAUGGAGUCAGUGAAUGAAUAUCAGUGACAUAUAAAGAUAUCAGCAGGAAAGGAAGGAGACACUGUAAAUUUGGAUUUAACAAAAUAUUCUAUCCAAAAUAGUCUGAACUGUUCUGAUUACAGAUUCACUGGCCGUCACAAUAAUCUGAAAACCAUCAUAUCUGCCUCCAGAUGGAAUCCUAAACCCUCGCAAUCCCGCUUUGAAUGUUGGGUAGAAGUCUGCUGCAGAGCUCACGGGCUUGCAGGCUUUGCAAAAGUGCACAUUGAGGGUGCAUUGAGGGUGCAUAUUGGCCGCAAAGGGGGCACUCCCGAACAUGUGUCAAACUCAGUUCCUCGAGGGCUACUGUCCUGCAGAGUUUAGCUCCAACCAGCUCCAAAAUACCUGCCUAGAAUUUUCUUAUAAUCCUGAAGACCUUGAUUAGCUGGUUCAGGUGUGUUUAAUUAGGGUUCAAGCUAAACUGUGCAGGGCUGUGCCCUCCAGGACUGAGUUUGACACCCCUGCCCUACGGUCUUGUGGACUUGAUGGACACGCCCACGUGGCAGCCAUUGUAACAAUAUUUUAUCUUUUGACGCUGACGCAUCCAAGUGUGAAAUGCCCGCGCUCAGGCUCUACAGUGAGUGAAAUGCCCAUACUGACGCGCUCAGGCUCAGCUGUCAAGUCAUCAUAGGUUAGGUAAGUCACAAUGGCAAUUAGUUUUUCCGAUGAUAUAUGUCACCAACCGUCAAGCAUUAGGCCUACAUUUAAGUGAAAAUGAAUGCCAAGUAGGCUAAUAUGCAGCUUGUUGUACGUUUUGAAACCAGCAAAAUCACGCACCUGCAGCGCUUCUGUGAACGGAGAAAACAGAAUAAAACUAUAGGCCUACAUAACACAUAUACAAUAAAAGGGAAUAUUUAGGCCUAUAGGCUACGCGAAAUAUUUCACUUAAAUAAUUAAGUCUACAGAUUAACAAAACGAAAUUGGUUCAGUGGCGCACUCCAAAGAUCUAGGAAAGGACAUUCUGCUUGUUUUCGUUAUUUAAGUGUCUUUUGUAAAUGUAUGAAUUAUGGCUUGCUUUUACCUGUAUGACCAUAAAUUACGGAGUACAGUUUACUGUCUUAGAAGGAAAAAAAAAAAAAAAUUCCAUGGUCGCGCCGGCGGCUCGAUCACGCGCGCGCACACAAAUUCUUGCAUUGCUUAGCCUACUUAACAUAGCAGCCUGUUAAAUAAUUAAAAUAAAAUACAAUCAAUCAAACAUAAAUCUGCUCAAUUCAAUUCUGUAAUACAAUUUGCCGUUUACCACCCGUGACCACCGCCUGACUGUUCUGUUAUGUGAAGGAUGAUGUCGAUAAUGCGAGUGAAGUAGCUACAAAGCUUAAUAAAUAGCCUAAUAAUUUAGCAUUCGUCUCGAAAAUGGAAACAGUGACGAAUGAGAAAGCUACAGAUUUAACAAGCGUUUGUUGUGAGUUAUGACAGACAGGCUUCAGAUUCACUUUAAAUUAAUUCGUUUAGCAUCUUAUUUAGUUUUUAUCUGAUUAAUAAGCCUGUUUCUCGCCUUGAAUAUAGCAAUAGAAGCUGGAAUGGCGUUAAAAAAGAAAAGAGAUUUUUUUUAGAAUUAUUUUUUAUUCGUUUUGGCUUGACGUACAACCUGAAUAGGACAUCUGUUAACUUUAGAGGUUUUGUGGUAAAAAAAAAUAGGGCAGUUUUGUUCAUAAUUUAUGUUUACAAACAUUAUAAACAAAGCUAUAUAGGCAAGGCUAUUUGUAAACAUUUUAAUUUAUUUACCGAUAAAUUACAUUAUUUCUGAAUGUAAUAAUAAUGCGACAUAUAUUUUUUCCUCUCAGGAAUAGCGUCGGUAUUUUUAACCAUGCAGCAAACAUUUUAAAAUAUCUUGAAAAAAUACAUAAACCGUUGAUAGUUUUUUCUUUCGUUUAAUAGGUUUACAUUUGGACAGAAUCUUAUAAAAGAUAACUGUAGGCCUAUUGGCUAAGACGGCAAAUAUUCUCUUUGUUUUUUAAUAAAUAAAAUGCUGUAGGCUACGUAUUAUUAUUAUUAUAAUUAAGUAGGCUACAUGCAAACAAAAAAAGUUACAAAAAAAUAAUGUUAUUAACCGUUAUUUUUUCUAAACAAACCGGUUUCGGAACGUUAAUAAUACAGAAGUUCCUUCUGGAACAGAAAAAAUACUGAUUCUGCUCGGAGUGAAACGAUUGAAUUUUUUUGUUUUUAAGCCCUGUUUUGUAUUGUGAGGCCUGUAUAUCCGCUCAGUCCAAUUUUGUGCCGCAAACAUCCAUGAAAGCUUUUAACUAUCAUGCUGGCAAGUAAUCAUGUACCACCCGACAUGAAUCACAAAUAAUUUUAAUAACACGGUGUAAGAAACUGUAGUCUGCCUCGACCCAGAUUCCACUGCAAAGUAUAUUUUAGAAUGAGCUCAUCCCCAAAAUGGCUUAAUUAUCACAGAGAAGAAAGUCAACAGUUAUGUUGUUUCUGCACCAUUUGGGCUGAUCACAUCCUGACCAAAUGGUCAUCAAUUGUAGAAUGGGAAUAGGUGUGGGACAGUGGGAGCCAUCUCAGACAAUGGGGUGUGUCACAACUUCAUUAACAUACAGACCACAGCUGCUAAUACAUGAGCAACUACAUUUACAUGAAGAGUGGUAAACUGUAACAGGAUAAAAAGUUUGAGAUUUGGAUGUUCUGUUCAUUCCGACUCCGAUGAACCCAAGGUGCUACGUGUACUUUAUCACUGCUAUGUUGCAAUAAACUGCUUCAUCAAGA